AUGGCUGAAAAAAUCUACCAUUCAAAUUAAUGUCUUGUGUAUUUGUUUUACUCACAAGGAAAAAAGAUUGACAUAAUAGAGAUUAUAGAGUGUUCAUGGACUAAGGGAUCCUUCCACUGAGGGGUUGCUGGGGUAGUUCAAUUUGUCCAGAAGCUCUAAGAAUGCUUGAUUUAUCUAGGAAGAGAAGGUCUUCAAAGUACUUUACCUAAAAGAUCAAUUUAUCCAAAGGGAUUUGUAACACGUCAGGAAGGAAUUGUUGCCAUUUGGUACCUAAAACAAUAAUACAACCCAGGAAUGUGAGACGGAUUUGCAUUGGACUGCUGCCUUGCUUUCAAGUGAAGCUUAUGGGUGCUUUUGGAUCCCUGUGUAAUACCCCCAAACAUGUGAAUUCUGGGGGGUUUAGAGAGGACGGACAUUGUGAAAGUUCCAGCCUCAAUCAGAACAAUCUGCUCUCAGGGUCACGUGAACAAAUAUGCUUGUAUUUUAAGGCAGCGCCUGUAUGUCUGAUUAUAAAGGGGUUUCUGUUGCUCUUCUAAAAAAAAAAUCAUAAAUGGCCGCACGAUUUAAAACCAAAACAAAGCACUCUCGCCGGCCAAUUGCUGACUUUUAUUCCUUGGGGUUGAUUGCCAAGGACUGUUGUAAUGAAUUAAAAACAAAACAACAACAACAAUAACAACAACAGAUUCCGAACUCCACUCGCCCUCGUUUAUUGGUAGUUGAGGCUGAACCUCUGUUCAUUCUAUCGGGAAUGCUGGUGUAUGAAAAUGCCUGUCACACCGCAAGCCCAGGCUUAGGACAGGACUGUCUGCGGACAAAGGGUGAAGGGUAUAUUCUAACAACUGAAAGCACAGAUAUUGAGACCGAGGAGCCCAGGUUUAUGAUAAAUUGAUACACAGGUACGUCCCAACGGAUUAUCCAAAGGAAUCCGAAGAUCCUACAAAAAGAGUUAAAGUCAAAAAUCAAGAAAAAACAUAAGCGUGGUGGCUUCCUAGGCAGUGAGUGGCCCAGGCCGACCACGUGAGCCGCUGGGACCUAGUCAAUGUUAUCUGAGCAGGGUCCCCAGGCCUUGGCGAUCCCAGAGAGCAAGAUGCAGAAAACCGCUUACUACGAUAACUCGGGGCUCUUCGGGGGCUACACGUACAGCAAAGCCGACGCCUACAGCUACAGCUCGACCCACCAGCCUUAUACACAAGCCGCCCUGGACACAGACUACCCGAGCUCCGCCUGCUCCAUCCAGAGCUCGGCUCCCAUCCGAGCCCCAACCCACAAGAGCAGCGAGCUGAAUGGCAGCUGCAUGCGGACCAACGGCGGCAGCCAAGCAGGCAGUCAGCCCCCGGGUAUAGGCGAGCAGCAGCAGCCGCCUGCGCUGCCGCCUUCCUCCCCACCGAACCCCACCAGUGCGGCCCCCCCGAAAAAAACCAAAGGCGGCCCCAAUUCCUCCAGCUCUUCCACGGCCACCAUUAGCAAACAGAUCUUCCCCUGGAUGAAAGAGUCCCGGCAGAACUCCAAGCAGAAAAACACCUGCGCUGCUUCAGGAGACAACUGCGAAGAUAAAAGUCCCCCCGGCCCGGCUUCCAAGCGAGUCCGCACCGCCUAUACCAGCGCGCAGCUGGUGGAGCUGGAGAAGGAGUUUCAUUUCAACCGCUAUCUCUGCCGCCCACGCAGGGUGGAAAUGGCCAAUCUUCUGAACCUGACGGAGCGCCAGAUAAAGAUCUGGUUCCAGAACAGGAGAAUGAAGUACAAAAAAGACCAGAAAGCCAAAGGGAUCAUGCACUCUCCUGUAGGACAGUCCCCUGACCGAAGUCCACCCUUAAGUGGCCCAAAUCACGUAGGAUAUUCCAGCCAGCUUCCAACUGUAAAUAGUCUUAGCUAUGAUGCUCCUUCGCCAACAUCCUUUGCCAAAUCACAGCAAAACAUGUAUGGCCUGGCUGCUUACACAGCACCUCUCAGCAGCUGCUUACCCCAGCAGAAACGGUACCCGGGAGCAGAGUAUGACCAUCACACCAUGCAAAGCAGCGGCGGCUUUGCCAAUCCCAAUCUGCAGGGCAGCCCCGUUUAUGUCGGAGGUAAUUUUGUUGAUUCCAUGCCAGCUCCUGGCCCAAUGUUCAAUAUCGGCCAUCUUUCUCAUCCUUCAUCUGCUAGCGUGGACUACAGCUGCGCUGCUCAGAUCCCAGGCAACCAUCACCAUGGACCUUGUGACCCUCAUCCUACAUACACAGAUCUUACUUCUCACCACACAUCUCAGGGAAGGAUUCAGGAAGCACCCAAACUAACGCAUCUGUAGUGGACCGGGACGGAUUGAGGGAGCGAAAUGUACUCACGUUUAAAUUACCUCACUUUUCUGACGUUACAGCGUUACUUUCCUCUGAGCGUCAACAGUAUUAGCGGAUUUCUCUCCCCUAACAGCCACAUUCUUUUUUUGCGACUCUAAAUAAGUCAGUGAAAAGGAUCCUUUCUUUUAUAGCUGUUUAAAGCAUGACAGUGCAAUAUACUGCAAACCAAGGGGCUAAUAAUCUGGUAAUGAUGUACUUGAAGGUAAGUCUUAUAGAUCAAUUAGUAGUAGCAGCGCGUCAUGCUGAGGUGUUUUUAGACCAAUUGUGAACGAUGGGAUCUUGCCUGCAUAUAAACUUAUUUCAGAGAAGUUAAUUUAUGAAUUCUUCAGUAAUGUAAGGAUUGCAUUGGACUAAAUGAUAUGUAUUUAUUGUUUUAAGCGAGACUUUUUUUGUAUCACUGAUUAUUUAUCCUCGUCUUACUGUAUUUAUGUGGAUAUUUGUAGAAUUUAUUCACCAUAACUUCGGGAGAUUGAUUCAGGUCCCUGGUGACUAUUGCAUUUCACCUAUUUAGUAUAUUUGGUCUGAACUAGUUGAGAGAGUAGUUUUGAACAGUUGUAACAGUGGCUGGUGUUUGUAGUUUAUGUAAGGAUUAAUUAAGACUGUAAGUCUUUAAUAGAGUAAAACAAACUGUGGCAUCACACAAAUAGCCCUUAUGCAUUUUUAUAAAGUGUAUUUAUUUCAAAUUGUCUGGGGCCGUUUGAACAUCUAUUUAGAUUUAAAAAAUAAGCCACUUUUUAAAGUUGGAAGUGUGUCUGUUUUAAUCAUGCAAGCUGCAAAGCGGAACACUCGGCCAUUUUGUUUCUGAUAAACUUCUACAUACAAAAACCUCCGAGAGGUUGGCAUUUAUUUAUUGAUUCGCUAUCUCUUGCACACAUUAAUUCGGUGGGCUAUUUUGUUGGUAUUACAUUCUAACUAUCUGAAAUAGAAAAAGCUUAGAAUGCAAAAACAAAACAAAACAAAAAAUAGAAACCGCCUAAUAGUGAUAAUUUAAUUAGGGUUUCCAUAGCAAUCCGAGCUGCAGCUGCCCGUCUCCUUUGUUAUUUAUACUGUUGUCUUUAUACUAACCAUAAAUCAAUUUUUUUAGACACCAUUGGAAGCCCGAGCUUAAUUUCGCGCAUUUAAAAAAAACGAAAGAAAAUUGACAAUCAAAUAUAUACAAAUGAAAGGAAGCCGCUAAGUGUAGAAACUGAGGUACAGUAGUAGGUAAACAAACUAUUCCACAAUAGCUUUCAGUUAGGAAAGUUAUCUCCAUCCGCGUAAUCUUCUGUAGCAGACACUGAUAUAUUCCUUGUGAAAACAAAUCUUACUGCCAUUAACAGACUAUUUCAUAAAAGAAACAAACAUCUUGUUUCCUCCUUUUUAUUUACAUAACUGUGUUUAAUCUCUUGCCGGAUUUACAACGAUUUUGUAAACGUAGAAAUGGUAUUAGCAAGGUUAGUAACCAGACAUGUCCUUCCAGGAAGACGUUAUUCUUACCGCCUUUAAAAAUGCUCAGUUAAGAUUCAGAUCUUCUGUAUUCCCAGCAAAAUCGUCCCGACGCAUCACUUUUUAGUUUGACAAGUAACUGCCGCCCCUGCGCCAUCCCCUGAUGACAAGACCUGGAAUUCCUAGUGUGAGAAAUAUUAACUCCGAGAGUUCUGGUCAACACGGGAAAUCUUUAUUUUCUGAUCGUUGUGUUUCGCUGGACAACAAUGUUUCGAAAUAUUAUUUAGUUUUCCCUCUGUGUUGUUUUUUAAAGUGUCACGUUACGCUGAGAAAAGAAGUGUAUCCUUUUGUUAAGUUUCAACUUUUACCCCAGCAGAUUUGAAUAUACGUGUUGUAGAUCUGUAAACAAAACAGAAUAAACUACUUUGAGCGAAGACAUAUUUUAACCACUUCGAGACCUACCAUUGUUUUCUAUGACACACACAUCGAUUAUUUCGUCAGAGUUAAGCUAUUAAUAUUUUAAAUAAAUAAUCAAUAAAAUAAAUAGUAAUAAUCUCUAUUCGUGAAUUAUACAGAUCCAAUGCUUUGUGUUACAGUUUGCAGGGAAUAGAUCAAAAACUGAACUGGUACAUGUAGAUUAGUUUUAUGUUCUUCAGGCUAAAGUAUAUUUCACGUCAUCCGCCUAUAAAUAAAAAAUGAAUAAUCAGUGUAUUCCA